AAACUGUGAGUUAAACAUUCGAGAGCAUAAAAAUGGUUUAGGGCAAAUUAUAAAGACAACAAUCAACACUUAAUAAGGGUAGAAACAUCAAAAUGGUUAAUUAAACAGAAAUUAAUAAAAAUUUAACGAAAGAUGCUACGAAAGUUAAAUAAGGCGUAAACUGUAUGCUACCAUGUGGAAAAAUCUUACAAAAACACUAUCACUGGCGUUUCAUGAAAAUUUGUGGAAUUUCUCUAAAAUUUUAAAUCUUUACGCUCUUUUACAUUUACUCUCAUUUGAUCACCUAAAAAUGGUAAAAAGUCAAAUUGAAGACUUUAGAUGAAUAGGAGGUAAUACUAAAUUAGAAAAGAAUAGUCAAAAAUUAAUGAAAAGGUAAAUUUUAGCUUUAAAAUUAGCUUUUUAAUCGAACUUAAAAGUCACUCUAACUGUUAAAUACUCGAUGGAGACAAUAUUUCUCAAUUAGAUCUAAAAAAAACCUUCUCUCACAAUAAUUGUGUUCUCACUGAGGCUGCUUGGUCAAGGGAAAAGAGCAGGCCAACUGAAAAUCCAAUAUAGAAUGUUGCCAGAAAAAGGGUACUUGCUGGACACGACCCAAUUCUCAAUCUGACAUAUUUUCUAUUCAAAUAACAACUUAUUUAAACAAAGAAAUCAUUCAUCCAUCACCAUUUUCUUUUGGCUCACACAUUGUUGCUGCUUCUAUUCCUUUUUAUUUUUCAUCUUUCAUGGAUUCUGACCCUAACCCUCCUAAAUCUGUCAAAAUAAGGCAUAAAUGCUCAGCUUGUUAUAAGCAAUAUAACAAAAAGGAGCAUUUAGUGGAACAUAUGAAAGUCUCAUUCCAUUCUGUGCACCAACCUAAAUGUGGAAUAUGUAAGAAACACUGUAAAUCUUUUGAAUCUCUCCGGGAGCAUUCAAAAGGUUUGUUAGCGAAAGACCAUUGCAGUAGAAUGUUUCAUGAGUUGGGAUGUGAUCUUUGCAUGAAAGUUUUUUGCAGUCCCAUUUUGUUGAGUGAGCAUAAAUGGACUUGUCAGUUACUCCCGCCAACUCCCCUCGGUACAAUAUCAUUGUCGUCUAUGAAAUCGGAAACCUCAAGUUCCAACACGUGUAAUGGUGAUGUUGCCUCACAAGUUCGUGAAGCAGUUGCUCUGGACUGUGAAAUGGUUGGAGGUGGUAGUGACGGAACUCUUAGUUUAUGUGGUAGGGUUUGCCUUAUUGAUGAAAGUGAGGAUGUAAUUUUUCACGCUUAUGUGCAACCUCAAAUGCCUGUUACUGAUUACAGAUCUGAAGUGACCGGCUUAACUGAAGAGCAUCUAAAAGAUGCUAUGCCUCUUAAAGAAGUGCAGCAGAAGAUUCAGGAAAUCCUAUACAAUGGUGAGUCCAUAGGAAUAGCAAGGAUAGAUGGUGGAAAGGCUAAGCUUCUCGUGGGUCACUCGCUAGAGCAUGAUUUGGAUUGUUUAAGAAUCACUUAUCCUGACCACUUGAUCAGGGACACUGCCAAAUAUCAACCACUGAUGAAAACAAAUUUGGUCAGCCACUCACUCAAAUAUCUGACUAAAACAUAUCUCGGACAAAUCCCCCCAUUCCUGGUUUGGAUUCCCUCAUGUGAUAUUGUUGAUUCGAAUAUAUAUCCACAUUUUUUUGUCCGAGAAAGUAGUCUCCAGUCCUACUAUUUUUACGCAAUUCUGAUAUUCGAUCCUGUCAGUGACAAACCUGCAUUAAUUUGUUCCUUAAUAAUAUGUUAUGCUGCUUUGUAACAAAAACCCACUUUGUAGUUAACUAGUUGAUUGUCGAUCUUUCCCAUAUUACCUUUGGCGAAGUACCUCUAGGCAGGGCCGAGCCUGAGUUUUGAGAGCCCAAGGCAAGAUAACAAUUGUGGGCUCGUAAUUAUUAUAUAGAAGUGAAAGAGUAGGAUUAUCACGAUUAGAUAAAUAUGAAUUUGGGUUAGGCUUGUUCUAGUUUUUCGGGAUGGGCCCGGUGCGCAGACCCCUCUUGCCCCCUCAUAUGGCUCGCACUGCCUCUGAGAAUACCUACUUAGCAACACGAAGCUGAUAUAUUUCAAUUAGAUUCCUUGAAAAGUUAUCUAUUUUCACUAUUAGGAUUUAGGGAUGGACAGAGCAAGUGUAUUUUAGCUGUGGCAACCAAGUGAUGAGCUAGAAAAAUCGCGGUUUUCUCAAGUAAUUUUGAAUGUCGUUCUUGAAUGUCUAAACGUAGAUAUGAUAUUCAGAUGAGGACACAUGAUCCGUAUGAAGAUUGUGUCUCCGUAAUGAGGCUAUACAAGAGAAUGCGUGACCAGGAUCAUCUCAAAGAUUUUGUUGGAGAAUGCUUACCGAGUCGUGUCACUGAGUUUCUCACCAAGGAGUUCGAGUGUUCCAAAAUGAAGGAUCUCGAGAAGUUGACACCUGAUGAACUUUACGACAUGUCAAGAUCAAAGUAUUAUUGUUGGUGUUUGGACUCUUUGAAGAAAGUACGGCCUUGAUUAUUUAAAAACUAGAAAAGAAAACUUCAGGUGUGGUCGAGACUCGAGACCUUAGGACAGAGAUAUAUGGCGAAUGUGAAUUAUAGCGAAAGGUUUUGUUGCUCGGUCUCUUAGAGUAAAGUUGAUACAUGCACAAAAAUAGAUCAAGUUACGACAUUAUCCCUUUUGGAUAAAAAAUUUUCUUCUAUCUCGCCCAAGUGUCAUGUAAACUGCUACGGGUAUUUCACGAUGUAUAUGAACUUAUUGUAGUUCUUUCGGGAAUGAAUCAAAAUGUGUUUGAACUUAUAUUA